UCAUCUUCCUUUCAAUUUAGGGUUUUACAUUUUGUAUUCUUUCGACAGUGGAGACAGACAAACUGAGACACAACGAAGGAGCUGAAUUGCUACCUUUCCAAAUGGCCACCUUCAAGAGUUUAUAAUGAUGGGCAUUUCGUUUUUUCGUUUAUUGUUGUGGUGAUGAAUCAGUAUCACCAGUACCAGGUUGUGGGAAGAGCUCUUCCUACUGAGAAGGAUGAACAUCCUAAGAUCUAUAGGAUGAAAUUGUGGGCCACCAAUGAAGUGCGUGCCAAAUCCAAGUUCUGGUAUUUUUUGAGAAAGCUGAAGAAGGUCAAGAAGAGCAAUGGGCAAGUGCUUGCCAUCAAUGAGAUUUUUGAGAAAAAUCCAACCAAGAUUAAGAACUAUGGAAUUUGGCUGCGAUACCAGAGCCGAACCGGAUAUCACAACAUGUACAAGGAAUACCGCGACACUACACUAAAUGGCGCUGUUGAAUACAUGUACAAUGAAAUGGCAUCACGUCAUAGAGUCAGGCAUCCAUGCAUCCAGAUCAUCAAGACUGCCACAAUCCCAGCUAACCUUUGCAAAAGGGAGAGCACGAAACAGUUUCACAACUCUAAAAUCAAGUUCCCGUUGGUGUUCAAGAAGAUUAGGCCCCCAACCAGGAAGCUCAAGACAACAUACAAGGCAACAAAACCCAACAUGUUUAUGUAAUUCUCAGUUAAUUACGUAUCCUGUUUGUUGUGUUGAAGCUGUUGAUUUGUUAUAAGCAUAGGAAGAGUGUAGAGAAGGUGAAUCACAUUGUAGCAAACUUCAUUAUCUGCUUACUUCAUUUUUGUUUUGUGUGUUAUUUUAAUUUGCUCAUAUUUGAUUCUUUCGUAGUUGGUUUUGAACCAAAAUUUACUUUUUAAUAUGAUUGCUGUUUUGAACCAAGAGUUUUCUUUUUAUUAUAAUUUAUGUUUUUCAUUUUGUUUUA